UUUUGUCAGCGAUAUAGGCCCUCCCCUUUGUGGGAUGGGUUUUCACAUUUCAGUAGUGGUUGUAUGCUUAACACACACAGCGAAUAUUCAGCACCUGCGAUACUGAAAAUACACUGGAAACUGUACAUGUUAUUUUCGGUCUAUCUAUUUUUCAUUUGAUAAAAAAAUCGUCAUUGUGACUCUUCGGGAUACAUUUUUAUCUGCUAGUUAUGGGGCAGAACGGACUUGGAGCAUCGAGACGGCAAUGGCGAUGGAUCGCUUUCAUUGUUUCAUUAAUUUUGCUGUGGAGCAGCGCUUCGGCGCAGAUAAGAUAUUCCAUCGCUGAGGAAGUUAAAGAAGGAACUGUUGUUGGAAAUAUAGCGAAGGAUUUGGGAUUAGAGAAGAACACACUGAAAGAGAGAGGAUGUCGUAUUGUUGAGGGUUCAACGGAGUCAUUUUUUCAUGUAAACCAGAACGAUGGAAUACUGUAUGUUGACCAUAUAAUUGACAGGGAGAAGGUUUGUGAACGGAGCAGUGUAUGCUUGAUCAACCUAAAAACAGUGCUGGAAAACCCCCUUGAAAUUCAUUAUGUGACUGUGGAGGUGCUGGAUGUGAACGACCACUCUCCCACCUUCUCAACAAAAGAGUCGCGUCUCGAAAUUUCAGAGUCAGUUUUACCAGGUUUGCGCCUCCAGCUGCAAGCAGCACACGACCCUGAUGUCGGCCAGUUUUCGGUACAGGAGUAUAAACUUAGCCCUAAUGAUCAUUUUCGUUUGGAAGUCAAAGAUCGUGGAAAAGACGGGAAAAUACCGAUAUUGGUUUUACUCAAGACGUUAGAUAGGGAAACAAAGAGAAGUCACAAAUUGCUUCUUACAGCUAUUGAUGGAGGGAAACCAAGUAAAUCUGGAACAGCUGAAAUUACAGUUGACGUCUUAGACGUCAAUGAUAAUAUGCCAGUUUUCAACGAAGACACAUACUCGGUACUUUUGGAAGAAAAUGCUCCCAUUGGCACAACAAUUAUAAAAGUAAAUGCUUCUGAUUUAGAUGAAGGAUCCAAUGGGGAGAUUACAUAUGCAUUAGGCAAGAAUGUGAAUAACCGAAUACGUGAACUAUUUCGUAUAGAUGAGAAUACGGGUGAAAUUAUAGUUCAAGAUCUGAUAGACUUUGAAACAGAGGAAAGUUAUGAAAUUGAUAUACAGGCAUCUGAUAAAGGAUCUGCUCCUCUGAGAACAGACAAAAGUGUGUUGGUCAAUAUUGUUGAUUUAAAUGAUAACGCCCCUCAUAUAGAGGUCACAUCAUUUUCGAGGGCAAUACCAGAGGAUGCAAGACUGGGGACCACUGUGGCGUUGAUCAGUGUUCUUGAUAAAGACUCAGGUCUUAACGGGAAAGUUAUUUGCUCAUUUAAUGAAGACGUUCCGUUCAAAUUAUCACCUUCAACACAAGACAACAUGUAUGCUAUAGUCACAAAAUCGCCCCUAGAUAGAGAGAAGCAUUCCGUAUAUGAUGUUACGAUUGUUGCAAAAGAUGCAGGUGCGCCAUCAUUGUCUUCUGAAAAAAGCAUUAGUAUCGUUGUAUCAGAUGUAAACGAUAACAGUCCUGAGUUUUCAGCGAGCCCUUACACGUAUUAUAUUACUGAGAACAACUCUCCGGGGGCGUCACUGUUUGCUGUGAGGGCAUCAGACCACGAUGAGGGUGAUAAUUCUCGUAUUUUAUAUCACAUUUUAAGAGAUGGAAAAGAGAAUAACAAACUCAAUUUAUUAAAUCUUAAUGUGGCCUGGUCAAGAAUGAUGAGACCGUACACAAAUAAAAUUAUUUUUGUGGGUUCUUUUAUUUCCCGACUGAGCUUAAUAAAGAACAGCAUUAAUAUUGUUUCUUGAGGAUUUAGGACAGAUAUAACAAAACGGAAUGAUAACUUUUCCCUAUUCCUUGUCUGGCAACAAGCAUCUGCUUUAACAGUUCUCCUUAGCAGUUGAUGAACAAUGGUGUAUGUAGACUACCCCCAGCUACAGUUACCAGGCUCAAACUCAUACAGCUUCAUUUACUUCAUUAAACUGAACUUCAGACAUUAGCUAACUCUAGACAACAGUAGUGGCACCUCUCUAAAUAAAGAAAAUAAAAACAUUUGUUAAGCCACGUAACUCAUAGUCACUUCAACAUAAAAUACUUCAAUUGCAUGAGAAAUAUAAAAAUACAUUCAAUACAAAAUAUUCUCUCCAUUUACAUAUUCUUACAAUUCAGAAACAAUUUAGUAGUACAAUUAACUCACUUUCACUCCAGUGUGCAGCCUGUGUUCCAAGACACACACCUGGAAUUCAACACGCAUAUAUCUCCCCUCUAAAUUAGGCAGAAAACAUACAAAUGGACAUAGCUUAUUUAAUCAGUCAGCAUACAUUGAAAUGAGAUAAUUCUGUUUAUAC